AUGGUGGCUAACGGACUAAUGUCUAUGGCUGAGUUCAAAAUAAUGUGGACUAUUUAAAAUUGUGUGCAGCUCGCUUGCAUUGGUGUUGUUCAUGCAAUCAGUAUUUGUGUGUAAUAGAGAAUGGCAUUCCGUACGCAUCAUCUAAAUGUAGCAGGAGCCCAAGUGAAAGCAAGGCCUCCAUUACAUGGUACGCAAAAGACGUCUGUGCUAGCAGAAAUUGGCAAUAAAUUACGCUCACAUAAUGUGGAAGAAGAUCCGAGGCGUCCACUGAAGCCAACAAAUGUCUCCAACGUAAUAAGGAAACCUUUGAAAGGUGUGGAAAAUGAAGUUGUGUGCUUGACAGAAACAUUAAAGUGUGUUGCCAUAAAUGAUGCAGAUCCACCUCCUGUAGAAGAAAAAAAGGUGGUUAAUAAAGAACAGACUUCAUAUUCGUCAACUCUGUAUAAUAUACAGGACAUAGACAAAGAAUCUGCAAAUGAUGUACUUUUUAUUGGGGAAUAUGCAAAAGAUAUUUUUGAAUAUCUCAGAGCACUUGAGGUAAAAUAUCCUUUGAGACCAAACUUCCUGUGUGGCACAGUCACUCCACGGAUGCGAUUAGUCCUUGUGGACUGGUUGUUCGAUGUACAGCUUCAAUUUUCGUUGCUCUCAGAGACAAUGUUUCUGACAGUAGCUAUCAUAGAUAGAUACUUACAGAAAGUACAUAUAAUAGACAAAAAGAAGAUACAGUUACUUGGUGCAGCAUCAAUGUUAACAGCCAGCAAAUAUGAAGAAACAUACCCACCAGAGAUAAGCAAUUUUGUAUAUAUUUGCAGUAAUCUUUAUACAAAAAAUGAAAUAUUAAAAAUGGAAAAUCAAAUCUUGAGGACCCUGGACUUCUUUAUUGGUUAUCCAUUGAGUGUCCACUUCCUUCGUCGGUACAGCAAAGCAUGUUCACCAGAUGAGGUAACGUACACUCUAGCAAAGUACUUCCAAGAAAUGUGCUUAAUGGAAUAUGAGCUGUGUUACUUAGCUCCAUCACGCCUGGCAGCAGCAGCUCUGUAUCUCGCACUGAGGUUGAGGAGCAAGACUGAUACUUCCAGUGUGUGGUCAGAAAUGCUAAUCUACUACUCACAAUACAAACUAAAAGACAUUGCAGAUAUUGCGAAAAAAAUUGCAUUUGCUGUCAUGAACAUUGAAAGUUCUAAAUAUCAGGCAUUGUACCAAAAGUACUCCAGGAGCAAGUACCUGAAAGUGAGCACCCUUCCUGAAGUAUCACCUGUUAACCUGAAGAGGAUGACUAAACUUCUGUGAUUUGGUUUUAAGGCACUACUCUGCUUUAAUCCAUAGUUUUUAUAAUUUUGUAUGAAGUAACAUGAACAUUUUAUAUGAUUGACUCUGAAACGAUGAAACAAAUUUCUGUCAACUUUGUACUGCGUGUAAAUGUGUAAAUGUAAUAUUUGUAAUUGUGUGUGUGUGGUAAUGUGAACUUUCUAACAGUGUACUUUUAUAAUUUUAGAAAACUACUUUCUCAGCCCGUGUAUUUGUGACCUUAUUUUACUGUACAGUCUGUAAUAAAUAAAGUAUGAACUAGGGAA